GAGAGAACAGCGUGUUUUAUCAAAUUACUUUACAGAGAAACAGUUGGCUUAGUGGGUUCGCUUUUCAAAAGAAGCUUUUACUUUUUAGAACAAAUUCUGUAACUAAUCAUGCAGAAGUACUUAUAUUGUUUGCUAUUUGCAGCGCUUUUCACCGUUGGUGAAUUUUCUUCUAAUGAACGGAAAAUAAACUGCAUCGAUUCAAAAUUAAAGGCUGAUAUUGGUAAUGAAGGCUAUACCCAGUGUCAUUCCAGAAAUCAAGCUCUUCCAAUUCCAAAAAUCAAGCAAUGCGUCACUGACUGGUUGAAGUCGAAAAAUAUUGUUAUAACUGCAAACAAUGGGCAAAUGACAGUUGAUGCCACUGCCUUUGCAACAAAAGCUAAUGAACUAAGAGAAAAACCAACUGGAAGAGCUAUGGAAGCCUGUAAAAAUCGUGAAAACAAUGAUCGCAUGUACCAAGAGGCUGCAAGAGCUACUCAGUGCAUAUUUGAAGAAGUGAGAAAGACAUGCCGAUAAAUAAUGCCACUGCUCAACUGAGAUUCAACAAAUGUCCUCACAUGUAGAAUUUGUGGAGUCGAAUUUUAUGAUUAUUCGAAUUAAUAAAGAUUUUAUAUUCUAUAUUCUUCAAUGAAAUGUGCUUUUUUUAAAGAAAUGUUGUAAUAAAAGUAGAAAUAAAAAGUGAAUUUUU